AUGCUGCUCGAGCUCGACAUUCCAGCUCGCGUCGAGAUUUCCGCGGAUGUUCCCGAGGAGCUUCCGUCCCUCACCAAGCUCACGAUCUCCAGUCGGAGGAUCUCCGGACUUCCGAAGGGAUGUCGCGUUGUGUUCAACGAUUUGCUCGAAUACACCUUUGGCCGAUUCUCAAGCUUGCUCGGCGUGGAGUUGCCCAAUGUUUACGUCAUCCCGCCGGGCCAGUAUGCACCCACGCCGCUCUCUCGCCGUAGCGAUCCCUCGCUGCCUCUAUCGAGCUCCGAUGAUGUCGGGCUGGAGAUUGUCUUUGAAUCGGGACAGCCGCUCGACAGCUCUGGUGCUGCCUCGGUGCUUGAGCACACCGCAUCUGUCCGGGGCAUCGAGAAUGCCGAUCGGCACCCGCGCACGACGUCACUUGCCGAGCUGCAACAAGAAUUUGGCGACCAGAGCCAGCUCGGCCUCGAGAUCGAGUUCGAGCCGCCAGAGUUCAAACCCUCCUUCUUGGCCGAUCCGCUGCCCGUAUCGCUGCCCGUACCGCAAAACGACGUGAUGCCCCUGCCUCCCGCUGCAGCCAAACAUUUGAAUGCCAUCGACGAUGCGCCUGAAAGCUGCUCCCAGGACACCGUCAACAAUGCCCUCUCUGAGCUCUACGGCGAGAUCGACGCUAUCGAGCUUCGCCUUUCAAAUCUGCGCAGGAGGAUCCGGGCCAUCGAGGGCACUCUGGACCAUGCCCAACGAGCGCUCUGA